AUGGAAUCCAGGAAAAGGGCACGAAGUGGAAGACAGAGGCAAAGGAUUCAGCAGAUGAGAGCGGAGGAGUCUGGGGCCCACAGCAGCCUUUUGGCGGAACACCUUCUUGAGAAAUGGUCAUGGGGCGAAAUGAGUGCCCAAGACAUACAAGUUAUCGCAGAUCUAGCUGUUCAAGAUUCGGAAGAGAAACGAGAUCUUACAAAGCUGAAGAAGCUCGGGAAGGCAGGAUCGCAUGGUAGGUAUGCCAACAAGGUAUACCGGGCAGUUUACAAGACUGCUGCCCAAGGCAUUCGGAUUCCAAGUCCGUUUUUGGUCAAGAUUCCUUUCAAGAGCCCCUGGGACAUGCUGCUGCAGGCUGUGAUGCUUCCUCACAUCCUGUUUUCCUCCAUCUUUUCCAGCUACAAGGCCACGUGGGAGAAGUCCAUCUGUCCGAAUGUGGAAGCUUUGGAGCGGUUUUGGAAUGUUAUAGUGGAGAACAAGAACCCGAACAUUACACCCGCCAUGACCCGGAAAGCAAAUUGGAAGCGGCGGCUGGUGCCACUGGCCUUACACGGGGACGGUGUUCCCAUUACUGGGCUGGGAAAAUCCUGGGUCCAGACGGUGACAAACUUUGCUUGGUGUAGCUUACUGACGAUGAGCACGUCCACCAUUGACUCGCUUUUUUAUGUGUAUGCCAUGGUGGAUUGA